CCCCCCCAUGUAUUACUGGAAUAGCAGGAAGAGAUUUGUCGCCUUUUCUCGCCAGCAGGAAAGUUCAGCUUUAGAGAUCCGGCGAUAGAAGAGAAUCUGAGUUCUCAUGGAGGAGAGGAGACCCGAGGCUGAAGUCCCUCUAAUGGAUCUUUAAAUUCCAACAACUUUCCGGGAAGUAAUAUGUGAUCUGAUCGAACGCGGAAUAAUGAAGAUCCUGCCACAAAUCCAACUCUGUCUCCUGCUUCUCAUCACUCUCCUGGAGAAAGCCCAGCAGGUCACAUCGAGCGAUAAUCAGACUUGUAACGAUCGGCAAUACCUGGAACAAACAUUGGGAAAGUGCUGCUCCCGCUGCGAGCCGGGUAAACAUAUGAAGACGGAAUGUACAGAGACGUCUGACACCGAGUGCCGGCCGUGUGAGGAGGGAAGGUACACAUCCAACUGGAACUACGCCACCAAGUGCAUGUCCUGCAAAUCAUGUGAUCCACCAUUAGUUGAAAAAGAAAAAUGUUCCCGUACCAAGAAGGCGCAGUGCGGCUGUCCGGAGGGGUAUAGUUGUAUUCAGCUCUCCGGGACGGGCGUUUGCCUGGUCUGUAAGCCGGAUCUUAUUCCGACUACCGUCCCAUUGCCGACCGACCCGACUGAGCCGAGCAUUACCCCGACUUCAUCCGAGAAUCCUCCAUGGAUCUACGCCAUCAUCAUCGCUGUCGUGUUCACAGCGCUCGUUAUUUCAGUAAUAUUCUUCAUAAACUGCAAGAAGUCCAGAAUCAUGGAGAAGCUCGGUUGUGUGGCUAAAAUCAAGAAACCUCUCCCGGAAAGUUCAGGUUUAGAGUUCGUUGUCUCGUCACCCCCAACCCAAGAAAACGAGAAAGAACUGGGCUACCCCAUGGAAGAGACGGAUCCAUUGCAAAGUGCUGAGUACGCCCCCUGAACUCCAAACACCGGCACCCCAACUCAUCAUCAGAUAUCACUCCUAUCAGCCAAGGCCUGGCGGCUUCACACCCCGGGGCGGAUGGAGCUGCUGCUUUGCACCCUCAAGCCACCAACCCGCGUCUACAGGAAAGAGGAACUAUUGCCAAAUAAAAAAACAUUCACAGCUUUGAAGGGAAUGAAAUCCUCCUGCAAAGCAGUAAUGUAACUACAUGAAGAUCAGCCUCAUGACUCAAAAGAUCAUAGGGGAGGGGGAGGGGGGAAGGUGACAUGGCAGCCAUGGCGGUCUUACUUUUCCAGAUGGAUAGCCUAAGGCUGCAAUGACCCCAAGUUCACGAUAUUUUGGAAAUACAAAGAAAACUAAGACAACAGCUGCCUUCAGUGUUAUCCUUCAGAGGGUCUUCUCUUCCUAGUACAAGGGAUUAGGAGAAGAACGAUUGGCAUGACAUGACAGUUUAUUGGCUUAAUACUCCUUCAUGAUAAUCGCCAAUAACAUGGAAGAGCCAACCAAGACCGGCCCCACUAUGUUCCAGUAGAGGAGGUCCGUCUACCACCAUCUUUGGUAACCCAACUUGCCCUGUUGACUUAUCUUCUUUCUUCCCCUUUAGCCAGCUGUCCCCGCCCCCGACUCAGCAACGCAGCCCAUCCCUGCAGGCCGAGGGACAAUUUAUGGGACAGCGGUUGGGGAAUGGACAAACGAAUGGACCUCGGGAUUCGGCAUCGUGAUGUUCAUUUGUUGUAAUGAAGUGUGCGAUACCCAUCCGGACCUCUCAAGUCUGGUUUAUGGAACAAUAAGCUUGUGAAACCCUCCGGCUUAGUUAUCCGAAUGGGAAAGAGAAUGGGAAAGAGACAGUAAAACCCAACAGAUUAUGGUGAGAAGAGGCUAAAGAAAUCGAAAUAUUCAUAUUAUAUGGCCUAAUAUUAAAGAUGGCCCCACCGUACCGACAUGUGAUUUCUCACCAUAAACUGGACGGUUCUCCUGUCUCGUUGUGUCUCAAGUCCUACGCCAUGGAAGCCAUGAUGUCCAAUCACUGAUCAAGGCCAAAAACCCGCCGUCAGCUGCUGGUAUAAAUCGGCCCCAUUUGCACUUUACACUGGAAGGUUUGGAUGUUGGGACACCAUGAAAUAAUUUUAUGUUUUUCUCCUGAAAUGAAGAAUCGAUUGUUUAAUGAUUGAGAAUAUUUUAUAGUAAAGGGAACGGCACAUGGAAAGAAAACCCCCAAAUUCGGGGUCAUACCUUAGAAUUCCUAAUUAUCUCAGUGUUCUCGUGUUUUGUAGCACCCAAUACACACAGCUUUAUAUUUUU